UUCCUAGGCUGCUGGGAGAGGGGCGUAGAAAGGAGGCCAUAUUGUACAGUUAAAUUGAAAGAAAAGCAAAAAACAAUUUAUUGUAUUGCAAUCGUGAUAGUCUUGUAAAAUCACCAAUACCUACGGUACUAAAAUCGAGUACGUGUUGGAGCACGUUAUAAACCGAGUAUCCACCGCUAUCAAUCGCGAACUUCCAAAAAGUCAUUCAGUGAAGGAACAAAGUGUUUGUAGACUCCCGAAGAGAGAAGACAGAGACGGAAAUAUCGAGAGAAAGAGGAGAAAAAAAAUCUCAGAGCGGACGUUGGUGUUGGAUAAGUUGACAAGACGAGAAAGAGAGGAAUAGUCGAGGAAAAUAAGGGGAGCGAGAUCGACACGGAGUGCCCAAAAACGUUUUCUUUCUAGUUCCCAACACCACAGCCAAACCUUCGCCAACAAAUACGCGAAUUCGUCGGUUUAUCCCCAUUAAAAAGUGAAACAUCGUUUUUUUUAGUUCGUCAUCCGUUGAGAGCUUGUUUUUACCAGUGACAAGAGAUGGGCACUCGAGAAGAUGAGUACGAUUAUUUAUUUAAAGUGGUCCUCAUUGGAGACUCUGGCGUAGGUAAGAGUAAUCUCCUAUCGAGAUUCACUCGUAAUGAAUUCAAUUUGGAGUCUAAGUCUACCAUUGGUGUGGAGUUUGCAACACGCAGUAUACAGGUAGAUGAAAAGACAAUUAAGGCCCAGAUAUGGGAUACUGCUGGACAAGAACGCUAUCGAGCCAUUACCUCUGCAUAUUAUCGAGGAGCUGUUGGCGCUCUCUUGGUCUACGACAUCGCAAAACACUUGACGUAUGAGAAUGUGGAGCGAUGGCUGAGGGAAUUGCGAGAUCAUGCAGAUCAAAAUAUUGUUAUCAUGCUUGUCGGCAACAAGUCCGACCUGAGGCAUCUACGUGCAGUGCCAACCGACGAGGCCAAAGCAUUCGCUGAAAAGAAUGGCCUCUCGUUCAUUGAGACAUCGGCACUUGACUCUACCAACGUUGAGACGGCCUUCCAAAAUAUAUUGACCGAAAUUUACAGAAUCGUGUCGCAGAAACAGAUUAGGGACCCACCGGAGGGUGAUACAAUCAGGGCACAAAAUGUUGAACCCAUCGAUGUUAAACCAACAAUGAGCUCCGAUGGAAUGCGCAAGCAAUGCUGCCAGUGACUCGCCGCACUGCUUACCACAAGCAGUAAAAUGGGGGGAGAUUGCAAGAAAGUGAUGGCUGGUGAUAGAUACUGCAGGUGCGUAACAGUACGAGAACUAAGACUAUGUGUGCGGGCCUGUACUCUCGUAUACUAGAAGGAUUGAGUUUUAUUUUUGUUUAAUUAAUUAAUUUUUCUUCGCCUGAAUUUAAACAACCGGGGGAUGGCUGCGGACUUGUCGAUAAAAUGAGAAACAGGAAAUAAAUGAAAGAGCCGAAACGAAGUAGAAUCAUUAAAUUCACGGACACAUCUCCAAAGCUCAUGCAAACCGAACUAAUGCAUCCAUGAUCUUGAGAAAUCUGAAUGAAACGAUCCCAGAUCAGUUGUUAAUGCGUACUCUCACCCAGUGUCCAUAGAUAUAUUGAUGAUUAAAAAAUGUUUUUAAUACCCUCGCAUUCUCCCCAACUCUCAACACGAUGUAUAUGAUUAUGUAUGCGGGCAAUUAAAUCAUGUAUACAUACUCCAUAUACACGGACUCACACACAUAGACCACAUGCAAGCGUACACGACAACAUAAACGAUUGAGGGAAAAAAAUUUGAAAAAAAAAACAACACAGAAAAUACACAAACACAUAAAUAUAUUACGUUAUGGUAAUUAAAUGUUGUAUUACCGCUUCUUUGUAAUACAUAUACAAUUAUUCUUCUCUACGCAUAGUGUGACCGUGACUUAUAUAAGCGAAUUUGUAAUAAUAUAUUUACGGAAUUAAACAAAUUGGAAUAAAUGAAAAUGGGGGGCUGACAGAAAGUGCAUGAAGUAAAAAAGGAAUAGUGGAUGAGGAUAAAACUAAAAUACAAGGAAAUAAUUGAACUAAUAAAUGUGUACAUUGCAGAAAAUCAUAGAAAACAAACAGAGGGGUUCGAGAUAUGGUAAAUUUCAUUGUUUUAAUAAACUCUGAUUAACAACAAGAAGAAACCCGACCGUGUUGCUCAUUGUCCGUCGCGCUCUCACGUAGUUUGUUUUAAAAAAAAUUGAAAAAUUACAAAAAAAACAUUGAAGAUAAUUCGUAUAUGUUAUAGGCACCAUGCUAUCGUGCUUUUGAAUCACAUUGUUUUUAUUACGAGAGGCUUUUCUUGUCAAGAGCUGUGCGAAGGCGUCACGAGUAUGAAAAAUUAAUAAUAAAUGAUAAAUGAUGAAAAAUUAAAUAUAUUGAUAGUUCUUUAACAAUUUAUCCUUGACGGAAAGAUAAACCAGUCGCCACAGGAGAUAUUAUUUUCAUUACGAAAUUAUUUUCACGUGUAUUAAUAAAUUUGGAUGAGUGAAGGAUAAAAUUUAUGAUUAAUUAA